UAUGUUGGUUCCCACAGCAACAGCAUAUCAAUUACCUCUAUUCGGUCGUGGACUUUAGAACUGAAAGGGCGAGCGGAGAUAAGAAAAGCGGAAGAGGGAGUGAUUACUGAGCGGUUCAAGGAGUGUGAACCAGAAAGACGCGUAACCGCAGAAGAAAUGGCGAAAUUCCUGUCACAAGAUCAAAUAAAUGAGUUCAAAGAGUGCUUCUCUCUGUACGACAAAAAGCGGAAGGGGAAGAUUGAGGCGAAGGAUCUGAUCACUGUGAUGCGCUGUCUGGGCACGAGCCCCACUUUCAGCGAAGUGGACCGACACCUGCAGGUCCACAAGAUAGAUAAGAAUGGCGAGCUGGACUUCUCCACCUUCCUGACCAUGAUGCACCGGCAGAUUCAGCAGGAGGACCCCAAGGCAGAAAUCUUGGAGGCCAUGCGUAUGACGGACAAGCAGAAGAAGGGCUACAUCCUGGCCUCGGAGCUCCGGGCCAAACUCACCGGCCUGGGCGAGAAGCUCACAGAUAAGGAAGUGGACGAGCUGUUCAGAGAGGCGAACGUGGGCCCGGACGGACGAGUGCACUACGAAGACUUCACCAGGAUGGUGACCCUGCCCCCUGUGGAUUACUGAGCAGGAGGGGAAGAAGGAAAUGGAACACAGGAAGAGGGUGCUUCUCUGCACAGGAACACAGAGUAUACCCAAUUCACAUCUACUCAAUUAUUCACAUCCCCUGUCUCUGUAGGCCCUUUCCCUUUGUCACUCACAAGUACUGUUAUCCACCCCUGAGCAGAUCGAGGAGGCGCAGGCCUGAUUGCUUUAGGGUGCCCUGACCCAAAAGGCUGGAUCAAGAUUACGGUUUCACUUGACUUUGACUAGAAGUUAAAUACUUUAUUCAGGCAUGUUGGUAGAAUAAAUCCUAAGAUGUUUUACAAAGCUUUCUACGUAUAGAUUUUUAAAUAUGUUUGUAUUUGCCUGCCGUAGUAAAAAAAAAAGCCUGGACUUAAAAUGGGAAAUCACUGUCAGACUGCUCUCUUUCCAUGACUCAGAGGUUUUUGUUAUGAACAUCGGGCUGUUUCUUAGUGAGAUGCUGUUCCAUAGCGAUGCAAAUUUAAACCAUUCUCACUGAAAUACAGGGCAGGCACUGAUAAGGUUGUGCCUUUUUCAUAAACCUAAGAUUUAUGCAUAAACAAAUGGAGAAAAUCAUUUAGAAUACUCAUAUAAUUGAAAUACCUUUUAUAAUAAUAUAAAUUUCAAUUACAAGAUUACAUUUGAUGCAUUGGAUGUGCAAUAAUACUAUUUUCCACCCUAAAGGAUAAACAUUUGUUAAUGUUUACAAGUCAAU